AUGCGCGCCACCGCAGCGACCCGCCGCCUCUCCGGCGACACGACCCACUUCGGCGAGAAGACCGUGCCAAAAGAGGCCAAGGAGGGCCUCGUGCGCGGCGUUUUUAGUUCCGUCGCGUCGAACUACGACGUCAUGAACGACUUCAUGUCCGGCGGGCUGCACCGCUUCUGGAAGGACGACUUCGUGGGGCGGCUCGGCCUCGGCGCCGUCGCGCGGGCCUCCGGCGAGGCGCCGCGGUGCCUCGACGUCGCCGGCGGCACGGGCGACGUCGCGUUCCGCGUCGCCGAGGAACUUUCCGCGUGGCUGCCGCCGCUCGCCGGCGGCGCGCCGCCGCCGCUCGUCGUGUCGGAUCCUAACUCGGAGAUGCUCGCCGUGGGCCGCCAGCGCGCGGCGGAGCGGGGCAUCGCCGAGGCGUGCAUGGUCUUCGAGGAGGGCAACGCGCAGUCCUUGCCGUACGCCGACGACAGCUUCGACUUCGUGACCAUCAGCUUCGGCCUGCGCAACGUCACGGACAUCGACGCGGCCCUCGUGGAGAUGCGCCGCGUGCUCAAGCCCGGGGGCCGCUUCGAGUGCCUCGAGUUUUCCCGGGUCCAGCACUCGUCGCUCCGGGCCGUCUACGAUCUCUACAGCCGCGUCGUCAUCCCCGAGCUCGGCCACCGCGUCGCCGACGACCGCGCGUCCUACGAGUACCUCGUCGAGUCCAUCCGCAAGCACCCGGCCCAGCUCGAGCUGCUGAGCCGCGUCGCCGCGGCGGGCUUCACGUCCGCGGCGGUCCGCGACAUGACGUUCGGCGUCGUCGCGGUCCACAGCGGCUACAAGCUGUAA